AUGAUUAAGCUCCAGGAAACCUUGACCUUCAACGAUGUGGCCAUGGUCUUCUCCAAGGAAGAGCUGGCACUCUUGGACUCUGCCCAGAUAAACCUGUACCAAGAUGUGAUGCUGGAGAACCUCAGGAACCUGGUCUCCGUGGAGCAAACAACUGAGGCGCAGCGUGGACGAGUAACUUGCCCAGGAUCACCCCGCUUGUCAGAGGAACUAGGAUUUGAACCUCCCAGUCUGACCCUCAGCCCUGUGCUUAGGGUCCACAGUGGGAAAAGGCCGUAUAAGUGCGCCAAGUGUGGGAAGGACUUUGAUCAGAGCUCCAACCUUCUUGUCCAUCAGAGGGUCCACACAGGGGAGAAACCCUACAAAUGCAGUGAGUGCAGCAAAUGCGUCAGUUCUAGCUCCAUUCUCCAAGUUCACCAGAAGCUGCACAUGGGGAAGAAGCCUUACCAGUGUGACGAGGGUGGGAAGAGCCUCAGCCAAAGCAUAUAA